AUGGAUGGAUUUCAACCGUCUGAAAUUUCUCAUCUCAUUGGGCUUAAUGACUCAGGUCUUGAGGACUAUGAGAUCCUGUAUAAAGAACUCCAUUCUCACCCAGAAAUUUCCCAUCAAGAGUUUGACACUGCAAAAAUCGUGGCUGGAAAGUUGCGAACACUUCCUGGCUUAGAAGUUCAUGAGAAUAUUGGCGGCACCGGCGUUGCAGCAGUCCUACGAAAUGGACCCGGAAAGACAGUUCUCCUACGCUCCGAAUUGGACGCCUUGCCUAUACUUGAGGAAACUCACCUUCCCUUCGCCAGCAAGAAGACUAUGCGUGAUGAGUCUGAUGGGGUUAUAAAGCCCGUCAUGCACGCCUGUGGUCAUGACAUGCACAUGGUAUGCCUGCUCGCUGCACUUGAUACUCUUGUGGCAACCCAACAAACUUGGACGGGCACGCUAGUUGUUGUGUUCCAACCUGCCGAGGAACUCGGGGAAGGUGCGCAACGGAUGGUUGACGGGGGUCUGUACGACUUGGUACCCAUUCCCGAUGUUUUGAUGGCACAACAUGUGGUGGCGAAACCAGUCGGACGUAUUGGAAUGCGCUCUGGAGUGAUGCUGGCGGGAUCGGAUUCACUCAAGUUGACAUUUCGUGGCAGGGGUGGCCAUGCGUCUAUGCCCGACAGAGCCAUCGAUCCGGUAGUUAUGGCCGCGGGCACAGUCAUGCGACUUCAGACCAUUGUGAGCAGGCAGAUCAGUCCGAGCCAGGAAUUCGCAAUUGUGACAGUUGGCAGUCUGAAUACUGGACAGGCUGCCAAUAUCAUUCCGCAGAAAGCUGAAAUGCAAGUCAAUAUUAGGACAGCUCAUCCGGAGACGCGAAAAAAGGUCCUCGCAUCAAUUGAGCGCAUUGCCAAGGCGGAAAGCAGUGCAAGUGGUGCGGAGGAGGAGCCACUGAUUGAGACAAUCACGAAUUUCCCAAUCACGGAAAACGAUAAAACGACCACCGAGAGACUCCAGAGUACUUUCAAGACAGUCUUCCUGGAUCAAUUUGAUCCUGAGUGGCCCCGAAGCAACGCUAGUGAAGACUUCACGAAACUUGGCUUAGCAGUUGGAAAGCCCUGCUGCUUCUGGUUCCUUGGAUGCAUCAGUAGAAAGACUUGGGAUGAUGCCGAGAAAAAGGAAAGAAUCGCAGAAGAUAUUCCGGUCAAUCACUCGGCCUCCUUCGCUCCAGCAAUUCGACCCACCCUGGAGAUUGGUAGGAGUGCCAUGGUUGCAGCCGCGUUGACCUUCUUGUCGAAGAGCAAAAACGUAUAG